AUGAAAACAGCAAUCGACACAUUAAACAAAUCAUUCUUUUCUCGAGUUUAACUCUGGCAAAAUGAAGUCUUUAAUUGUUCUCAUUGCUUUACUUGGUGCUGCUUAUGGAGCAAGCCAACGUCUCUUCCUUGAACCAGGCUUGGAUCCAAUGUCUGAUGAAAUGAUUAACCGAAUCAAUUCACUUGGAACAACAUGGAAAGCUGGAAGAAACUUUGAAGAUUUACCAUUCGAACACGUGAAAAGGCUUUUUGGAGCGAAAAAGAGUGGACGCAAAUUACCUCGAAUUCACCAUGAAAUUGAUGGAGAUUUACCAGCAAGUUUCGAUGCUCGAAAAGCUUGGCCAAAUUGUAGUUCAAUUGGUUUUAUUCGUGAUCAAGGAAGUUGCGGUUCUUGUUGGGCUUUUGGUACAGUUGAAGCCAUGUCUGACAGGAUUUGUAUUGCUUCAAAGGGAUCAGUUCAAGUUGAGUUGUCGACUGAAGAUGUACUUACUUGUUGCGGUGAUUCUUGUGGUGGUGGAUGCGGUGGUGGUUUUCCUGAAGCUGCUUGGGACUAUUACCAAACUGAGGGUAUCGUUUCUGGUGGUUUAUACCAUGGUGAAGGUUGCCAACCCUACUCAAUUGCUCCAUGUGAACAUCAUGUAAAAGGACCUCGACCUGCUUGCACUGAACAAGAUACUCCUCAAUGCUCUAAAAAGUGUGUUUCAGGCUAUCAAAAGUCAUUCAAACAGGACAAACAUUAUGGUAAAAGGGUUUAUUCUGUUUCAUCUGACCCUAAACAAAUCAUGAAAGAAAUCAUGACCAAUGGUCCAGUAUCGUCUUCUUUUAGUGGUUAUUCUGAUUUCCUAACAUACAAAUCAGGAGUUUACCAAAGACAUUCUGAGGAUUUUAUUGGUGGUCAUGCUAUACGAAUUCUUGGUUGGGGAACUGAAAACGGUGUUGACUAUUGGCUUGUUGCCAACUCCUGGAACACUGAUUGGGGUGAAAACGGUUACUUCAAGAUCAGACGAGGAAACAAUGAAUGUGAAAUUGAAGAUGGUGUUCUCGGUGGUCUACCAAGAUUGUAAACGUUCACUAUUCAAUUCACAGAUUGGAUAAAGACCUGCAAUUAGUGCCUUCCUAACCAGACUUUAAAUCGGAUUAAUGCAAUAGUAUUUCAUCGUUCAACGCAUAUUUCAUAUACUUUAAAAAUCUGUAGCUUCAAUUAUUGUUACCAAUCAGAUACGUAGUCAGUUGAUGUUUUGCAUUAACAAUACAAAUAAAUAUUGAUGUAACAUCUUCAUAAAUGUUACAAUGUAAUCUAAUCGGUAAUUGAGUGGAAUAGUUUCACUUAGUUUUCAUAUAAAUGUCCAAAUAAAACGAAAACACUUUUCUUGAAAAUCCAACACAAUAAAGAGUUAAUUAUUAUAA